UCUCUCUCUCUCUCUCUCUCUCUCCACACAGCGCUGCUACUCGCCUCCUCACUGCAUCUGUCCUCUUCUCCCUGAAGUGAGGUGCCAUGCAUCCUGCUCUCUCCCCUACCUCCUCCUCCUCCGCCUCCUCCUCCUCUCCACUUGUCUCUCACCAUUCCAGGGUGUCUUUAUCAAGCAGAGCGUUCCCGCUGCAAAGCCGGGCACCAUAAAACCAGUGUUACUUGCUCGGGGGACUUUGGAGACGAGGCUGAGGACAGCUGCUGGAGACGCUGCUGCUGCCGCCGUUUUUUGUUGGGACGCGGAUCUGUGCCAGGUCUCUCUGCUCGCUCUGUAGCAACGCUUCAUUCCUCUCAUUGUUGCAGGAGGACACACGUCAACCAAGAACCUCUUCUGUGUUUCUCAGAGACCACCCACUGUGUGUGGAGUAAGACCGACGAAGGAUCUCUGCUUCAACUCAGUCUCGAGGUUCUUCUCCUACAAGAAACUGAGACCUGGGAUUUCCGAAUGAGAUUCAGCGGCAGCAGGCAGGCAGGCUGGCAUGGACCCCAGACUUCCAACUCCACAUAAGACCAACAAGGACAAAGCCUAAGCCCCACGGGGGGAAACCAACACGGUUGUUAAGCGCUCUGAGGACACGUACAGAUCCUCGUUUGUCUCGGGAGCAGCUCGCAGCAGCCUUUGCCAACAGCCAUGCAGGUGUCCUUCGCGUGUACGGACCACGGGCUGAAGGCUCCGCGUAACGGCGAGCACAGCAAGCAGAACGCCGCCGGCACCAACACAGCCAGCCAGGCCCGGGCCCGCUUCCGCACCGUGGCCCUGAUAGCUCGCAGCCUGGGCUCCUUCACCCACCGCUACCACCACAACCUCAAGGAGUCCACCGCCAAGCUCACCGGCAUGAAGUACCGGAACCUGGGGAAAUCUGGGUUGCGUGUCUCCUGUCUGGGACUUGGCACAUGGGUAACGUUUGGAGGUCAAAUCUCCGAUGAGGUGGCAGAGCAGCUGAUGACCAUUGCCUAUGAGAGCGGAGUCAACCUGUUCGACACGGCAGAAGUCUACUCUGGCGGGAAAGCAGAGAUAAUCCUGGGAAACAUCAUCAAGAAAAAGUGCUGGAGGAGAUCUAGCUUGGUGAUCACCACAAAGCUUUACUGGGGGGGGAAAGCCGAGACGGAGAGAGGCCUCAACAGAAAACACAUCAUUGAAGGUUUAAGGAGUUCUCUCCAGAGGAUGCAGCUUGAGUAUGUGGAUGUGGUCUUUGCAAACCGGCCAGACAGCAACACUCCCAUGGAGGAGAUAGUGAGGUCGAUGACUCAUGUGAUCAACCAGGGGAUGUCCAUGUACUGGGGGACAUCCCGGUGGUCUGCAAUGGAGAUCAUGGAAGCAUAUUCUGUGGCGAGACAGUUUAAUCUAAUUCCACCAGUGUGUGAGCAGGCAGAGUAUCACUUCUUCCAGAGGGAGAAAGUGGAAACUCAGCUGCCAGAGCUGUAUCAUAAGAUAGGUGUGGGUGUGGUAUCGUGGUCACCUUUGGCCUGUGGAAUCAUCACCGGGAAAUACGAGAAUGGCGUCCCUGAGUCCUCCAGGGCCUCAAUGAAGCCAUACCAAUGGUUGAGGGAGAAAAUACUGAGUGAGGAUGGGAGGAAACAACAAGCCAAGCUAAAGGAACUGACUUAUAUUGCGGAGAAGCUCGGAUGUACUUUGCCGCAGCUGGCCAUAGCCUGGUGUCUGAGGAACGAGGGAGUAAGCUCAGUGCUGCUGGGAUCCUCCAAUCCAAUCCAGCUGACAGAGAACCUGGGAGCCAUUCAGGUAAUUCCAAAAAUGACAGCAGGCAUUGCCUCAGAAGUGGACCAUGUACUGGGAAAUCGCCCUCACAGUAAAAAGGACUACCAGCAUUAAAAUGGACAUGUUUAUGUUAACUAUGCUCCAAAAGUGUAUUAAGCUCAUUUCUCACAGCCAUGGCACCAUUAGCGUGAUUCCAACUUUGCUUGUGUACGCGUCUGACUGUAUGUGUGACUCUGUAAAGUGUUCCGCUUGGCUCCUUCUCUGUAUGACGAUCUACCAGUACUCAUUAUUGUAGUCUGAGCUACAGCUAUGCAAGCCGGGCCACAGGACUGGACGACAGUUAGAAGGUCCAGGGAGAUGAUUUCGGGAGUGACACCGAGUGCAAAAAGUGGUCGGUGGCAGGUUCCGUCAUGAUGGGAAGGUGCCUUCAGAUUUAGGGACCUGCCGGGUUCGGAUGAUGGCAGCAUGGCGAUAUUCAGAGAGGCAACUCUAAAACCACAGAGGGACACAUGUAUCCACUGUGCAUGGUAUAUAACUUAAACAAGUAAAAGGAGAAACAAUUUUCCAGUGACGGCUUAAUGACAUGAGUUCAGAGGACGUACACACACGUUGUUCCCAUUAAUUAGGUAGACUGCUGUGUUUCCCCAGGUUUACAAUUUCAUCGGGGGUAGGGUUUGGCGAACGGUUUGGCCAGACUGGAGGGCAGUAGUCAGUGUGCUGCUCUCUGCGCUCUCUGUUCGCUGUUUUUUUUAUUUCCAGACUUCAUCCAGGUCCGGGGUGUCGCACCCCUGUUAUAAUGAUGGGGAAACACAGGAGUGGCUACCGUCGGUUAUCAAAACAUUGGCCAAAUGACCCGUUUCAGGCUUUAUGAGCUAAUACAGAAUACCUUUGUGUCCUUUUCUAGAGCCUCACAUUAAGACAUAUAGCACUUAAUUUAAGACGCUGUGUUGUGCCAGAUCCUCAAUAAAGUUAGAUAAAAACAUUUACGGCAAACCCAUGGUCAUCAAGAAACUCAUUUACAUGGAAUUUGCAUGAGGAGGAGGAGGAGGAGGAGGGUCCUUGUCGCUCCGUACCCAACUAAGAAAAAGCAACCUGCCACCGACCACUUUUCGCACUCCGCGCUAUAGAAUGUCGGCAGCAAAAUUGUGUUCUGCUCCAACAAGCUGCUUAACCACAAAUAAAAAAAGAAUCAUGUGAUUAGAUUAAUGGGAAAAGUUCAUAGAUGGUGUAUCAAAAUGUACCCAAUGUUACAUGAACCAACAUUACAUAGAAAAACAAUGAUGUGAAGAAAAACAAUCAAUGAUGACGUGUGGAAUUGGAUUUCAGCAGAUGACAUGUUUUCAUUUCCUUUGGCAGCUGAAGCUGGCCUGUCAACGAGAUUCAUUAUUUCAGUAUUGGAUUACCUGAAAAUGCUCACAAUGUUGCAAAUUCCAAGAGUUCAAAACAUAACUAAAUCAUGUUUUAAUGAAUCAGUACUGACUAUUAUGUAUUUUAUCCUCAUUAAGCAGCUAUGUCCAUUAUUUUUUCAUCCCAUGUUGUAAUCAUAUUCUUUUUCACUUAUUUAAAAGUCCAAUAUUGUGAA